ACAAAAAACGAAGGACACAGCUCCAAAAGUCAAAACCCAAAACCCUGAAAACCCUUCUCAUCAAACGCAUUCCACUUCGGCAAAACCGAAACGAAAACCAUGAUAUGAAAGUACUGAGUUCAGAGGGAGAGUAAGAGGACAGAUCUUUAUUAAUAGGUUAAAUGUUUGCUGCUAGGAAUCUUCAGAGACAUUGCUUGAGGACUCUGUCUUCUCUGCUCCAAUCAAAUCCCCACAGGAAUGUUGGGGCUUUUAAGGAUGCUACUCCAACACUAGUCUCAACCAACGUGAUACAGUUGGAUGGUUGUUUUGAAGAUGAUUUUGCAUCCUUUCCUUCACUUACUAAUCCCUUCAAUGGAUGGUGUCGGAUGAUGUCAACUUCAAGAGGGAGGAGCAUGCGAAGCAAGGUGGAAAGACGUAUGCAGAAAGAGUCUGGAAAAACGGCUAGGGAAAUCCGGAGAGCAAAGAAAAUUAAGAAGAAGCUUAUGACUGAUGAGGAGAGGCUUAUUUACAACCUCAAAAGAGCCAAAAAGAAAGUGGCACUGCUGUUACAAAAGCUCAAGAAGUAUGAGCUACCAGAGCUACCACCUUCUGUGCAUGAUCCUGAGCUAUUGACUCCUGAGCAGCUUCAAGCAUAUAAAAAGAUAGGAUUCAGAAACAAAAAUUAUGUCCCCGUUGGUGUACGUGGAGUCUUUGGAGGAGUUGUCCAAAAUAUGCAUCUCCACUGGAAAUUUCAUGAGACUGUGCAAGUUUGUUGUGAUAACUUCCCCAGAGAAAGGAUAAAGGAAAUGGCAACCAUGCUUGCAAGACUGAGUGGUGGGAUUGUCAUUAACGUACAUAAUGUAAAAACAAUUAUCAUGUUCCGUGGAAGAAAUUAUCGCCAACCAAAAAAUCUGAUUCCAAUCAACACUCUUACCAAAAGGAAGGCAUUAUUCAAGGCUAGAUUUGAACAAGCUCUUGAAGCUCAGAAGCUAAACAUAAAAAAAAUAGAACAGGAACUGCGGCGGAAAGGUAUUAACCCUGAGGAUCCAGUUGCUAUGGCCAGUAUUCAGAGAGUCGCUUCAACAUUCUUCAAUGCAAUUGAUGAGAAGGAAGGCAGUCCGUAUGUCUUUCGUGGUGAUCAGUCGUCUCUGCUGGAGCCUAAGACAACUUUGGCACAGGCAGAAGCUCCUGCUGAGAGUGACCAGGAGGAGCUAGACAGAUUCAUAGCUGAGAUUGAGGAUGCAGCCGAUCGAGAAUGGGCUGAAGGGGAAGAAGAAGAAAAAGAAGAGAUUGGGAGAAUUAGAUACUGGAAUAGACAAGAGUUUGGAGGAAAGCCUGGGAGAUUAGAUGAUGUUAGAAACAAUUACCCUGAGUAUGAGGUUAGAGGGUCAAGGGGUUCGAAGGAUACACAUGGAAACAAGAGGACUGCUGAUAGUGAGGAUGAUUAUGAAGAUAAUUUUGAGGGUGCUGCUAAACAGUAUCCCUGUAAUGCUGGUGAUUUGAGUGAGACUGAGAGUGAUGAUGAUGAUUCUGAAGAAGUUUUUGAGUUCAAGAGAUCUAGAGUAGAAAACAGAAAGCAAGAUAAGAUUGGAAGGUUGAAUAGCACUGCAGGUUUCAGGAGAAAUGCUGGAGGUAGUUAUAGACAACAGAAGGCAGAAGAUUCUGAGUCAGAAAAUAUGUUGAGUGACCUCGACAAUGCAAUGCGAGAAUCUGAUGCUGAGGAAGAAGAUGAUUUCAGAGCAUCAAAUCCUAGGGACAACUUCAGGAGCAGCACUGAUGAGGAGGAUGGAUUUUAUUCCACAGAGGGAAAUGAGAAGGAUAGGGUGCAUUAUUAUGACAGUGAUGAUUCUUAUGAAGCUCACACUGAACUUGAGAUGUCUAAUACAGCAGAUAAGAAGCUGGAUGGGAUUGAUGGAGGCAGUAGAAAGAUGGCCAAGGUAGCAGAAGACGUAUUCAGUGACUAAAUUUACAACAUGGAAUCAGACACCAAGAAAUUCUCGAGUUUGAUAAGCUGAAAUGUGAUACAGACUGCAUAGAAGUGGUGAAGAAGCUUGUUACCACCUAAAGAUGGGCAAAGCAGAUCAGAAAAAGGGUGAAGAUGCCAAGAAACAGGAAGAACAUUGACUUGCUGCAUGUUCGUUCUUCCUUUUUGAUUGAAGGACACAAUAUGACUAGUAGGAGCCAUUUGUUAUGAUCCAAAACAGGAUCUAAAUUAUAUGACAGUCCUGAUUGUUAAGAUUAUUUAUAGUCUGAUUACACCCUUCCUGUUUCUUGGCUAGAAAACAUAUAAAAUGCUGCUCUUUGUAGAAAGAAACGGGCUGUCAAACAAUCAAGUUGAAAUGAAAUGUUCAAUGGAGUAAAUUAUCUCCAGUUCUCUAGUGGACAAUUAAAACUCAGUACAUGUUUCUUCA